AUGGGACGCAUAUACUUUCAUGGGACGCAUAAACUGGACAAGAGCCAUUUUCUCUUCCAUCAAACAAUCAUUUCUUCCUUUGUGUCCUUUUAUUGUUGUUAUUUUCUUUUCCAUUUUUGCCCCCAAUUUUUUCUUUUCACCUUCGCGCGCCGGCUGGCACUAACACUUCUUUUUGACCUUACUUUUACGAAGCGAAAUCGCGGAAUUCUCCCAAAACUUUUUUCUAUUGCGCGUACGGCCUUUUUUCUACUCCCUUUCAUUUAAAGGUGGCAAUUGUAACUGAUGGCCUUCAUCAUCACACGCCCUCCGUCUUCCAAAAAUAUUUCUUCCCUUUCUUGAUUUUACUCUCUUAUUUCUUUGAUACUCUUCGUCUCUCUAUGCUCGUCUCUUCCUUGGUUUCUUUUUCUUCCUCUCAUUCAUCAUUACCCUUCCUCUCUUCGUCCUUUCUUCAUCUUUUCUUCUUCAUCUCUUCCUAACCUCUUCCUUUCCUCAUCAUCUUUUCUCCAUCUCUUCUUCCUUUUUUUCACCCUUCUUCUUACUUAUUCAUCUCUUCCCCUUCUUCUUCUCUUCAUCUGCUUCAACCUUCUUCAUCUCUUCUUAACCUCUUCCUUUCCUCAUCAUCUUUUCGCCAUCUCUUCUUUCUUUCCUCUUUAACCCUUCUUCCUUACUUAUUCGUCUCUUCCCCUUCUUCAUCUCUUCUUCAUUUUUCUUCUUCCUCGUCAUCCUUUCUUCGUCUCUUCAUUUCUUCAUCCUUUCUCCCUCAUCCUCUCCUCUUCCUCCUUUCUAUUUCCUCUUCUUCAUUCUUCCUUCAUCCUUUAUUCCCUUACUUUCAUCAUUUCCCCUUUACUUCAUCUUCCUUACUUCAUCUUCCGUAUUCUUCACCUUAUUACUUAUUU